AUGGCGGAUCAACUCGCAAAUCAGCUCGAAGCUGCUUCGCUCAAUGAAUCAUCCCAGCAAGACAACAACUGGAGGUCAGGACUGAAGGUGCCUGCCAAGGACGGCAGAGUCCAAACAGAAGAUGUCACCGCGACCAAGGGUCUUGAGUUUGAAGAUUUCUACCUCAAGCGCGAACUGCUCAUGGGCAUUUUCGAAUCAGGUUUCGAAAAGCCCUCGCCCAUCCAAGAAGAAGCUAUCCCCGUCGCUCUUACCGGCAGAGAUGUCCUUGCCCGCGCAAAGAACGGUACCGGAAAGACUGCUGCUUUCAUCAUCCCCACUCUCGAACGCGUCAACCCUAAGAACAGCAAGAUCCAGGCCUUGAUCUUGGUACCUACGCGAGAGCUUGCUCUCCAAACAUCGCAAGUAUGCAAGACGCUUGGAAAACAUCUUGGUGUCAACGUCAUGGUCACUACUGGAGGUACUGGCUUGAAGGACGACAUUAUCCGUUUGAACGAGGCUGUCCACGUCCUCAUCGGUACCCCUGGCAGAAUAUUGGAUCUUGCCAGUCGAGGUGUUGCCGACCUGUCGACCGCCCAAACAUUUGUCAUGGACGAGGCCGACAAGCUCCUCUCCCCUGAGUUCACCUCGACUAUUGAUCAGUUGCUCUCAUUCCACCCUCCGGACCGCCAGGUCAUGCUCUUCUCGGCCACUUUCCCCGUCAUUGUCAAGGAGUUCAAGGACAAGCACAUGAAGGACCCCCACGAGAUCAACCUCAUGGAUGAGUUGACCCUACGUGGUAUUACCCAGUACUACGCCUUCGUCGAGGAGAAGCAAAAGGUCCACUGCCUCAACACCCUCUUCUCCCGCCUGCAGAUCAACCAGUCCAUCAUCUUCUGCAACUCUACUACCCGUGUCGAGCUGUUGGCUAAGAAGGUGACUGAGCUCGGCUACUCGUGCUUCUACUCGCAUGCACGCAUGUUGCAACAGAACCGUAACCGCGUCUUCCACGAUUUCCGCGCUGGCCACUGCCGUAACCUUGUCUGUUCCGAUCUUCUCACCCGUGGUAUCGAUAUCCAGGCUGUUAAUGUUGUCAUCAACUUUGACUUCCCCAAGAACGCCGAGACCUACCUUCACCGUAUCGGUCGUUCUGGUCGUUUCGGUCACCUUGGUCUCGCUAUUAACUUGAUCAACUGGGAGGAUCGCUUCAACCUUUACAGAAUCGAGCAGGAGCUCGGCACUGAGAUUAAGCCCAUUCCUCAGCACAUCGACAAGGGUCUGUACGUUUACGAUACCCCCGAGAAUAUCCCUCGCCCCAUCACCAGCGCCCCGCAGUUGCAGCAACAGCCCCAAGAGCGCCGUCAGCACCACCAGCAGGGCUACCGUGGCGGUCGCGGUGGUAACUACCAGGGCCAGCAAGGUCAGAGAAGAGGACCUCCCCGCAACCAAAACCCCUCCCAGGGCGGCCAAGGCGGCCAGGGAGGAUUCCAGCAACAGCAGGCUCAAUACAACCAGCAAGCCUUCCCCACCCAACAGCAGCAAGCUCCUUCAUACCCUCAAGGUGGCUUCGCUCAGCCUAGCACUUUCCCUACCCCCCAAAGCUUCCCUCAGCCUCAAGGACAACAGCCCGGCAGGUAG